AUGACGGUGGAGGUGCAACCUAAGACGAAGCUCCCGCAGCUUUCGUCUGACAAACAACUAACAUUUAUAAAAUUAGCUGUUUUAUCAAUGGCAGCAAUAUUAUCCUUCGGAACACGAUUAUUCUCAGUUUUACGUUUCGAGAGUGUGAUCCACGAAUUUGACCCUUAUUUCAACUACAGAACAACUAGAUAUCUAACCGAGCAAGGGUUCUACAACUUCCACAAUUGGUUUGAUGAUAGAGCAUGGUACCCACUUGGACGUAUCAUUGGUGGUACCAUCUACCCAGGUCUGAUGGUCACAUCGGCCACUCUGUACAACAUCAUGCAGUUCCUGAACAUAACCAUAGACAUUCGGAAUGUGUGCGUAUUCCUUGCUCCAUUCUUCUCAUCACUCACCACUAUUGUCACUUACCUCCUGACUAAGGAGUUGAAGGAUGAAGGUGCUGGUCUCGUGGCGGCCGCCAUGAUUGCCAUAGUGCCGGGCUACAUCAGUCGUUCAGUUGCAGGAAGUUAUGAUAACGAAGGCAUUGCCAUUUUCUGCAUGCUGCUGACAUACUACUUCUGGAUCAAAGCAGUUAACACUGGAACUAUACUUUGGGCUACCAUGACUGCUCUCGCUUAUUUCUACAUGGUAUCAUCAUGGGGUGGCUAUGUGUUCCUAAUCAACUUGAUCCCUCUGCACGUGCUAGCUCUAAUGCUGCUUGGUCGCUUCUCUGCGCGAGUGUACGUGGCGUACAGCACUCUGUACUGUGUAGGAACUAUCCUGUCUAUGCAAAUCUCCUUCGUCGGCUUCCAACCUGUACAGAGCUCUGAACAUAUGCUGGCUUUAGGUACAUUCGGUCUCUGCCAGCUGUAUGCCUUCACCCAAUACUUGCGCGAGCACCUGUCCCCGGCCAACUUCGAGCUGCUAUUCAAAGCGCUGCUCACCACCUUGCUCGCUACUUUAGGAACUGCCUUGGUCGCCCUUACACUUACCGGUAAAAUCUCGCCAUGGACUGGACGUUUCUAUUCUCUACUGGACCCGUCAUACGCCAAGAACCACAUUCCUAUCAUCGCAUCGGUCUCUGAGCAUCAGCCGACUUCCUGGUCAUCAUUCUACUUCGACCUUCAAGUGCUCGUGUUCCUGUUCCCCGCUGGUCUGUACUUCUGCUUCAGUAAGCUGACCGAUGCUAACAUCUUCAUCAUCCUGUACGGAGUGCUCAGCAUUUAUUUCGCCGGUGUGAUGGUGCGUUUAAUGCUAGUGUUGGCUCCGGUCAUGUGCAUAGUGUCAGGAGUUGCGGCGUCCAGUCUGCUCAGUCUACAUGUAAAGGACAUUGAACCUAAAGUUGAGAAACACGAGAAGAAGAAGAAGCAUGAAAAUAAUUUAGUGUUUAGAUCUGAGGUGGGAGCUCUAUUCGUGUGCGUGCUGGGCUGCCUGCUGAUAUCGUACGUGUUCCACUGCACGUGGGUCACGUCCGAGGCGUACUCCUCGCCCUCCAUCGUACUGUCCGCGCGGGCGCAUGACGGCGCCAGGAUUAUUUUCGACGACUUCCGCGAAGCUUACACUUGGCUUAAGAUGAAUACUCCAGAAGACUCAAAAGUUAUGUCAUGGUGGGACUACGGGUAUCAGAUAACAGCGAUGGCGAAUCGGACAGUGAUAGUGGACAAUAAUACGUGGAACAACACACACAUAUCGCGCGUGGGACAGGCCAUGGCGUCUACUGAAGACAAAGCCUAUGAAAUAAUGAGGGAACUCGAUGUUGAUUAUGUACUUGUUAUAUUUGGAGGAUUGGUCGGGUAUUCGUCUGAUGACAUCAACAAGUUCCUGUGGAUGGUCCGUAUCGGUGGCAGCACGGACCGUGGUGCGCAUAUCCGCGAGGCAGACUACUACACUCCCUCCGGAGAGUUCAGAGUGGAUGCCGACGGAUCACAAACUCUACUCAACUGCCUCAUGUACAAGAUGAGCUACUACAAGUUCGGGCUAGUUUAUACUGAAGGAGGUCGGCCGCCCGGUUUCGACCGCGUCCGUGGCGCUGAGAUCGGCAACAAGGACUUUAACUUGGACGUACUAGAGGAAGCUUACACCACUGAACAUUGGCUUGUUCGUAUCUACAAAGUGAAACCGUUGCCCAACCGCGGCGUCUGAGCGUCACACCGCCCCGGUCGGUAAAUACUUAACCAGUACAUGUUGGUAUAACUAAUUACAUUGCUUGAAGAUUGUGGACCAUUUGGAACAGAACGUAAACUUUGUAGCUAAUGAUACUUGUAUGAAAAACGCUAUUUACCUCUUAAACAUAUAUGGAACCUUUGGAAGUAUGAUAAGUAAAAAAACGUUAUUGAAAUGCCUUCCAUGUGUCUAAACUAAACGGCCCUCGUUCGAAGAUAAUAUUAUGUUUUUGUUCUUUUAUUUUAAAUAGGCUACAAAAUAGCAAGACUUUUCCUAUCGAACUAUUCUUAGAAGUAACAACGAAGCAAACUGAUGAACUAAUAAUAGAGGUAAACUCGAGACGUCAUAAGUUUCUUUUAAAAGCAAUGCAACUUAAUAUUCUAGUAGAAAUUACUCUAUAAAUGUUUCAAAUAGUCCACAAUCAAGUAAUAUUUACCGGCCAUCGCGCACGGAAGACACAAAACGAAUGUUAAAUAAGAAAAAGUGAUAAAAAUUGAAUAUAUUUAUAUAUCCUUUAAGACAAUUUAAUUCAAUUGAUACCAACGUGGUUGUUGCAGAAUGUUGAGAUUCUAACUAAACUAGUACUAAAUGAUCUUAUACUGGUAAUCACACGAAAAUAGCACUUAUUGCUACGUUAUAAAAUUGAUGAAAUCUGUUACCACUUACAGCGUACUCAAUUUCAUCAAGCAAUUGCUUUUAUUCUGUCUUCAAAGGAAUUAGUCGUUGUCGCGACAGUCCAGUGAAGACGUAAUUAUCAAUUCCUCAUAAUCCCGCUCAUAAUUCCGUGGCAAAAAGAUUGUAAGCUCUCUCAUUCUCAAUUUAAACAGAGAUGAAGUUGAUAAAUGUGUUUCAAAAUUAUACUUGUAAUAAGGACAAAAAAGUACCUCAUUCCUCAAAAAUAGGGCUUAUUCUCAACUAGCAGUGUUACACUGAACUGUCGCGUCGUGAGAUCGCAGACAUUAGAAUUAGCAACGUUUUUAUAAUUUUUGUAAUAUACUAAGCACUGUGGGAAUGGAAGUUUUGAAAGUUAAGUGUGCUAGACACGCUAUUACCUGUUGAACGUGCAAUCUUUAAUGGAUGUAAUCACUUAUAAAAUAUAUAAUAAGUUACUAAUGAUUGGGCCAAGAUGUUGGAAAUAUGUUUUAAACCCCUAUUUAAACAAAAUUCUAUGAAAUUACCACCCUCUGUAUCUUUUUGUACGUAAAAUGGUGAUGCAUGAAAACAAAAAUAUAACUAAAAUGUUGACAUGAAGGGGUGAACUUAAUAUAUUAUAAUUCUAUUAAAGAAUAUUUGGGUUAUUUAAAUCUAAUUCUAUUAAAAACUAAUUAAAUUGCUAUUACUAAAUGAAACAAUCUUUUUCGUAUACAUGCUGACUUCUGCAGUAACUCAAGUGUUUUUUAUUAAUUACUGUUUUAAUUAGUAAUAACAAUAAGCCAUAGAUAUAGAGAAACUUCAUACUUCCUUAUUUCCUAUAUUUAAGGCUGAAAAUAUGUAUAUAGACUUAUUAUAUAAUAUGCGUGUCUAUGUUCAAAUAAUACCAUUUUAUAUUAGAUAAUUUGUUCAAUUUCAAGUUUUCUAAAUUUCCGAAUUAAAUUCUACAUAAAUACAAUAGAUUUGUUGAGGCAUCUAAUUUAAGUAAGCUGUAGUCACUGCUAGACUUCUUGAUUAAAAGGCUAAGUGUCAAACUUACCCAUAGAUUCUAGAAAAAAAAACAUCUAUGUAGGUAGUCUAUUGCGAAAGGAUGGAACUCUGUGAAUUAUUUGAAUUUAGUUCCUUGCAUUAUUAGCAUAAAAAUAACUUGUUUCGGACUUUCGCAAUAUAUUAUCAGAAACAAACAACGAUUUUAUCCAAGACAUGUUUUAUGAAUGCAAAAUUAGGCAAUGCACGUUACGCUUUACAUUUUUACAUCUAGUUUGUAUUUAAAAAAUGUUAACAGGUUUUUAAAAUGUAUCAAUAGUUUGCAAAACAGUAGAUUUAUUCUUAAUUUGUCUAAUGCCCGUUUUCAGCACACUUCCUUAAAUUUUAAGGAACCCCUAAGCUAGGAUAGGUCGCACUUAACGAAAUUUUGAUUUCACCUUUAUGUGAUACCUAAAGAUAAAGGUAAGGGGUUCGUUAAGGUGCUCACUCACGCUAAGUAUCUCUUAACUAAGAGAUGGUUAAGGGUGUGGUUAGUGGGAAUGGUCAUUACUCUAUUUUAUUUGUAUUAUUAAUGAACUAUAAGAAUGCGCACAAAUAUCAUCCAACAUGUUUUUGUAGUCAGUACUAUCACUUGCCUGAUCUAAUUUGAAUGAGUUAUGGUAAAAUAAGAUGUUGUAUAAAUUCUUCUUUUUUAUUUUUAUUUUAAUUAAAGUUUAUUGAUAAAA